AAAGGUCAUCGGUAUCUUCUUCCUUUCUUCUUCUUCCGAGUCGUACGACCGAACUGAAAACUGAACGAACGCUUCUGCAGGAGCGAAGCGCUGUGCGUUGUGUUGUAUUUAAAAGCGAAGGAGCUCUUUUCUUAAAAUGAUGCAGUUCUUAAUGCGAUAACCGUCAUGUCUUCAUGCAUCUCUACUCAUCCAGAAGAACGCAUGCAGGUUAAAACAAACGACUCCUCGCAGGAGGAUGAUUGAAAGCGUGUCACGACGGGCUUUCAGUGGUUCAAGCGGGACUUACAACGUAAGAGCCUCCGAGCUGGCGCGGGACCGUAGACUGAAGACCCUUACAGCCACUGUGGUAUUUCUCGAUGACUCUCAGCACUGCUUUCAGUUGGAGAAGCGUGCUAAAGGCCAGGUUUUGUUGGACCUGGUGUUCCAGCAUCUGGAACUCAUCGAGAAAGAUUACUUCGGCCUACAAUAUUCUGACAAUGGAGUUUUACCAACGCCCCCCAAUCCUGAUAUCAUGAGAUGGCUUGAUCCUUCUAAACCUGUCAAGAAACAAAUCAAGGGUGGCAGUCUCUAUUUUCGAGUUAAGUUUUAUGUGUCGGACCCCAGUAAACUUCAAGAGGAAUAUACAAGAUAUCAUUUAUAUCUACAAGUUCGGCAAGAUAUCUUACAGGGCAGGCUUCAAGUCACCCCUAGCACAGCCUGCCUCCUUGCCAGUUAUACUGCUCAAUCGGAAUUAGGUGACUACCACCCUGAAGAACAUGGGUCUGGUUACUUAUCACACCUUCAACUCAUGUCAGGACAAACAGAAGAAAUGGAAAAGAAGGUUGCUGAGCUACACAAACUUCAUAAGGGUCAAACACCGGCCGACGCAGAGUUUAAUUUCUUAGAUCAUGCGAAACGAUUGGAGAUGUAUGGAGUUGAUUUACAUAGAGCUCGACAGGAUUCUUCAGGAAAAGAAAUUCAGCUUGGUGUCACAUCAUUGGGUCUUGUGGUCUUCCAGAAUAAUAUAAGGAUUAAUACCUUUUCUUGGUCCAAAAUUGUUAAAUUGUCUUUUAAAAGAAAGCAGUUUUUUGUCCAGCUGAGAAGGGAACCAUCUGAAAACUAUGAUACUCUGCUUGGAUUCAACAUGCUUACUUAUAGAUCAUCUAAAAAUUUGUGGAAAUCAUGUGUAGAGCAUCAUACAUUCUUUCGCCUUCACUCACCUCAUGUUAGACCAAGACGAUUUCCACUUAGUCUUGGCUCACGUUUCACUUACUCAGGCCGCACUGAAUUUCAAACAGUUGAGGAUGGUAGGCAACGAGCUCGUGUUGAUAGGACUUUUGUUCGGACACCAAGCAAACGGCCAUUUAGAACAACAGUGCCACCACCAGUUGAGGACAAAGCUGUUUUACCAACAGCACCAACUCGCACUCCAAGACCACAUGACAACAAAGUGACCUCACUAGGAUCCCGUGAACCCAGAAAAGCUUGGGGAGAAGCCUCUCAUCCCUCUGAUGAUGAGGGUGGUUUCCUGGAUGUAAGAGCUGAAGAACGUAUAGGUAGACCAUUCACUCCGUCACUUCCUUCUAGCAGAGCAAUGACAUAUGUUGAUGAAGAGCCAGUUGAGCCUGAGCUAGUGGUUAAUGGUAGUACAACAACAAGUACAUUUGAAAUGCCUAGUCUUACUGAACUGCAACCACCACAGCCACCUCCGGAAGAGGGCUUGGUGAUGAUACGAAUAAGUCCUGAUGAGCAAGGAAGGUUUGGAUUCAAUGUUAAGGGAGGAGCAGACUUAGGAAUGCCAAUACUUGUUUCAAGAGUGGCUCCUAAUACUCCGGCUGAUAGAUCUUACCCCAAACUUAAUGAAGGAGAUCAGGUUUUGCUUAUUAAUGGUCGAGAAGUGAAUGGUAUGACACAUGAUCAAGUUGUGAACAUUAUCAGAGCGUCACGCGAUGUUCAUUGUGGCGAGUUGGUUCUGACUGUGAGACCAAAUGCUGUGUAUGAAGCUCAUGAGGAGGAGGAACCACCAUAUCAAUACGUCCCAGAUGUCAUAGGAGGCUCAGGGGGGCCAGCUGGGGCACUGGUAGGGGGAGAUGCAUUGGCACAAUCCAUGCUCCUCUUGGAGGAUGGCCUGGCCAGUGGGGCACUUUUGGCACAAUUUGAGCAGCUGUACCGUAAAAACCCACAACUUGCUGCAAAUGAAGCACGCAAGUCUGACAACCAGAUGAAGAAUAGAUAUAGAGAUAUUUCUCCAUAUGAUGCUACUAGGGUCAUUCUAGUUGGGGGUUCCACUGGUGAUUAUAUUAAUGCCAAUUAUGUAAAUAUGGAAAUACCUGGAUCAGGAAUCAUUAACCGGUACAUUGCAUGCCAAGGUCCGUUAUCAAACACCGUUCAAGAUUUCUGGCAAAUGGUGCUAGAGGCACAAACAACUUUAGUAGUAAUGUUAACAACUGUCAUUGAGAGAGGCAGAACAAAGUGUGCCCAGUACUGGCCGGAAGUAGGCAGUACUAUGGAUCUUGAAAAUCAGUUGACAGUGACAUGCAAUAGCGAAAUCACUGACUCAACCCAAAGCUUUGUCUUCCGUGAAUUUGUUCUUCGUCACAUUGAGACGGGAGAGGAGAGAGAUAUAAGCCACAUGCAGUAUUUGGCGUGGCCAGACCAUGGGGUCCCUGAGGACUGGAUACGAUUUGUUGAGUUUACUGAAAGAGUGCGAGUUGCACGGAGAGGAAUGGUAGAACCCACAAUAGUGCAUUGUUCUGCGGGAAUCGGCAGAACAGGAGUUCUGAUUCUAAUGGAAACUGCUAUGGGUCUUAUUGAAGCUAAUCAACCAGUUUAUCCCCUGGAUAUCACUCGUGCAAUGCGAGACCAGCGAGCACUCAUGAUACAGACACCCGCACAAUAUCACUUCGUUUGUAGUAGUGUCCAUCGGGCUUUCAAUGAAGGCCUGAUAAAACCUUUGCCAGAAUUCAGCAGGUGAUUUGAAACUAUAGAUAGGCAUUGGAGACAGUAUGUUGUUCUGUGGAAACUUUUGAUAUUUCUCUGCUAGCAGACCAAAUUUCCUUUUUGUUUUGUAGAAAAUGAAUGUUAUGAAUGAUUUUAAAAGUUGGAUCUAAAUAGUAUGUAAAUCCUGCCACUGUAUUGUAUCGUCCGAGGGACAUUGAUUGUCUCUUAUGGUUGCCGUCCACCUCACCAUACCUAAAAUUGACUUUUAGACAUCCUUCUCAGCUUUUUAGGCUAUAGGUCAGUACUCGUAGGUAUGUUCGUCAAGUCUGAAACUGAGUCUUUCCUGAGAGGAUAUAACAAAAUAUAAUUUUGUUGUAUGUGAUGUAUUUGAUUAUACUGGCCUAGUGGAAAUAGGAGGUGUCUCACAAUGCAAAUGUGAGAAUUGUGAUAUUGGGGUCUUGCCAUUUAUGGCGCUAUUUGUACUUUUUGAGACCUGCCAUUUGUAGUGUAGAAAUAUUGGAAAAUACCACUGCAACAUAGACAUGCAUUUUCCCAUACUUGUACAGAUUUUGUGCAGCUUCUCAUUGUUUAAAGCCCUUUUAUUAACUUGCUACUGAGGCUACCAUCAGUAUUACUGGCAGUUCUGGAACUCCUUUUAUUUCAGCAUGCCCUUUUAGCUUGCCCUUCUCACAAGAAAAAUCUAUACUGUAUGUUUUUAGUUAAAGUAUUUGGUCACAAGUGCUUCUACCGUGAUAUUUAGUUAAGUUAUUAGAAAAUUUCACUUUUCAAUACAUAUCUCUCAUUAGUCAUGUCAGACUUGUGUUUCAAUAGUUGCUCUCACUUUUAUCUCAUUAACUAUUUGGAUGAGCAGGGGAUCACUGGGCUAUCCAUCCUGGCAUCUUAGGUCUCUUUUUAUGGUGUGUCUUCCAGAAGUAACAGCUUUUAUGUGUUCAUCAGCUUUUAAUUGUGCUCAGUGAAUCUUUUGUGUGUGUUUGUAAGCAUCUGCAAGAUUUUGGCAAAUUAACAAUUACUGUAGUUUGGGUAGCAAACAUAUCCUUGGUGCAGUUGAGGGUAGUUACUCUUUUUUUUAUCAUUUACUACUGAAAGUUCAUCUGUUUUAAUACAACUCUGGCCUAAAUUUUUGAAUUGGAUUUCAAAUGUUUUAGUACAUUAGACAAUCAAUGGCUUGAGCUUUUUGCUUUGUGUUCUCUUUUUAAAACAAAACUGGGCUAAUCUGUGUGCAAUAUUGUUCUUUUCCCUUUUUAAACCUGAGCUUAUUUGUAGUUUUAAUGCCAUAUAUUUAAGUUCAAACUGUUGCUCUUCCCACCUUUUAAAAUGACCCUUCAUUGUCUCAUGUUUAAUGAUAUGACUGCAGGGCUCACCUGUUUGAAGUCCCUCUGGUGUAUUUCAUUUAAAAACUAGUACGCAACUUGUCUCUGGUAAAAUUACAAUGACUAUGUCAUUUUUGGACAGCCAUUUAUUUGUAAAUAAUUUGUAGUUAUUUGUGUUCUGUAUAAUGUUUUGUGAUUAUCUUCAUGCUGUGAGCAAAGUGCAGUGUGCACAGCAAGCACUCUUUUAAAGGCUCUUCCUCUUCUUGAACUUGUAUAUUGGUAGGGAAAGACUGUUCUGUAAUGUAUGUAAUAGUAGUACUACAUAUCUAACAAGAGUAGUCUGCCCAUAAUUUACCUCAGACUUUUCAUCAACAAAGCUUGUAAACAUAAAUGGUUCUGGCUGACUCUGGGAGUGUCUUCAAACAAAAGUGGAUUUUGUGCACGCUGCAUAAGCAUAACUCAGUCAGUCAAAGUGUGCUCUUGAAUGUUUUUUAAAUUUAUUUUUUGUGUAGAUGAAAAAGUGAUGUGUAUGUAUUUAGCUAUCUUCUGUACAACAGGAUAAAGCAAUGAAGUGUCUAAUUGUUGUGAUUUAGACUUUUUAUGGAAAAUAUGUUAUGAUUAUAUAUUUAUUUAAUUUUGUGUUCUUUUACAAAAUGCUUUUGAAUUUUUUUAGUGUACUCUGUAUGUUUCUUUUUUUUUUAUCAUGUACUUCCUCUUUCUUACUUAGUAAGUCCUAUUCAAUUGUUGAAGUACAUUAUUGUGUAUACAGGGUAGUUCUUAGGCUGCUCCACAGUGUGUUCAUAAUGUUACUUUCUUUCAUCAUAUGUGAAUGAACUAAGAGUGCCAAUGCUCUUGUCAUCAUCUACUAAGGCUCUUAUUACAGCUGGGUUUUGAUAAAUUUUGUCAAGCUUCAUAAAACUAUAUCCCAAUUGAUUCAAUAUAUUCUCAUGUGACAUGGAGCUUUUCAAGCAAUCUACAUUUUCUUCAUUUGAAAAAGAGAUUGUUUUUCAAGUGAACAGAUUAUUUAUUUCUUUAUCAAAUGUUUAUGCACUCUUAGUGUUUUGUCUAGUCGAAUCAAACUUAUUGGAAAAAUAGCUUGGGUAUGUCCGGGCAAGAGUAUAAAUUAGAGGAUUUGCUUAUUAAGUCCCCAAUUUACCAAUGAAUCAUUUGAUUGUGGUGCAGACUGAUACCUUAACCUGUGUGUUUCAGUUGCAGCAAAUAUUUUAGAAGUACGUAUUUAUGACCUAUAACAACCAAAUUAUUUACACAUGUUAUGUGGCAAAACAGUUUGGAAGAAACCACAACUAUUUGGUUGCCACUGACAAAAUUUAUUGUAGAUGUUGCAGUUUGGAAAUAAGAUAUUUUAAUAAGACAAGUUUGUAAGGGCUUUCUUAUUCUCAAAGUGUAGGCAUUUGAAGUGUAUUUUUCUGUAAUGCUGUAACCUGUUUAGCUGAUGGUUGUGUGUUGCAACAAUCUGUGACAAUAUUGUUAAAAAUUGAUAUGCAAAUAUACUGGUUUCAACUGAAUGCA